UAAGAAACAGAUGACCUUGCUUGUUUGUAAACACAGACACGUUUUAAAACGAUUAUUAUCAAGUGACAAAAGUGUAAUAUUUUGAGUGUGAUAUUUCAAAAAUCAUAUGGAUAUGGAUACAACAAUGAUAACUGAAGAAGAAAAUCAAAUGGAAGGAACACACCGGCGUGAAGGUGGUAAACGGGGUCGCAAGCCAGGAAGAAAGGCUGCAGAUAAGGUGGACAUGAAAGCAAAAUUAGAACGAAGUCGUCAAAGUGCUCGCGAAUGUCGUGCUCGAAAAAAACUUCGUUAUCAAUAUCUCGAAGAAUUGGUUACCGAUAGAGAAAAAGCUGUUCUUGCAUUGCGUAAAGAAUUAGAAAAGUAUCGCAUAUGGGGUCGUGAAAUCGAUGAAGGUCGAAUUCCAGAAGGGAUGCAAGCAUUAUUAGAAGAACUUGGUGCUGUCAAGCUAGAAACACAAAAUUAAAUCCAUACACGAAAGUAUAAAAAACGUUGGCAUUAAAGUUCACACUGAACAUCCGUACAUUAACAAAAACUACAAUAAAAUAUAAUUAACUAAAUACCUCUCUAAUAAUAAUAAUAUAUUUAAAAAAAAAUUAAAUAAAGCCAUUUUGUACCUGUGUGUAUUAUAUUCAGAAAAAUAACGAAACAAAAAAAAAAUUUAUUAGAUUACUACUGUUAGAAGAAUACUAAUUACCUAUAAAAUAUAAAGAUUAUUUUUUUACCGUUUUGAUUAAUAUUAUGAAUUAACGAACCAUUUAUGUGUGGUAUAAAAAUGUAUCUUUACAAAGUUUUAAAAAACAAAUAGAGUGCUUUAGAAUACGAUUGUAUGUUACUUAAUCAUUUCAUAGCAAACUGAAGAAUUUUUAGUCCGCCAUUAAAUAUUAACAACAUAGUCAGAUAAUGAAAAUAUUAUAAAUUUUUUUUUACAAAAUUAUAUUCCGUGUGUUAUUAUUUCAGUUUCUUAAUUUUUUAGCGAUGUGAUGCUAUAGUACGGUUCCUUCUUCCACGCCAAAAUGGCGAAAGUUAAAUUGGUGCAUUCUUCGUGCGGGCGUGAGUCCAUAAUGAAGCAAAAUUUUCGUGACUCUUUUUCUACCUUUUUAGGAUUAAUAUGUAUAUUUAUUAUUUGGUAAUAAAGAAAAUUGAAGUUUUAUCCGUGGUUAGUGUUUUUUAAUCUGUCGUAUAUGUUGAACGAUAGCUUUUGUUAAUACGAUAUAUGAAAAAAAAAGUAGAUAAUUUGUAACUGACUAAAAAAUUGAAAAAUGGGUUUGGUUUUUACAACUUCAAACCAUUUGUCAACUCUUUGGGUGGUUACAACUUCCAGAAAUAUUUUGUCAAUAACUUUCUUUUAAGAUAUAUGA